UACCGCACAGUCACGGCUUUUCGUUUUGCUGUCAGACGUUUUUCACGACUUAGCUCAGAAUUCCGACAGAAAAGCAGAGUUUGUUACGCCAUGGCUGCCAUAAAGUACCCAGAGGCAAGGAGAGACGAGUCGGCUAUAGACGACUACCACGGCAACAAGGUACCUGAUCCCUACUCCUGGUUGGAGGACCCAGAUGGAGAGGAGACCAAGGCUUUUGUGGAGGCUCAGAACAACAUCACCCUCCCGUACCUGGAGAAAUGUGCAGUCAGGAAACAGUUUCAGGCCAGGCUGAAGGAGAUGUGGGACUAUCCCAAGUAUGGCUGUCCUUUCAAGAGGGGAUCUCGCUACUUCUACUACUACAACACUGGACUCCAGAACCAGAGUGUGCUGUAUGUACAAGACUCCCUUGAUGCUGAAGCCAAAGUCUUCCUGGAUCCCAACAAGUUCUCAGAGGAUGGUACCGUCAGUCUGCGCGGCUCUGCCUUCUCAGAGGAUGGGGAGUACUUUGCAUACGGGAUCAGCAAGAGCGGCUCUGAUUGGGUCACGAUCAAGUUCAUGAAGGUGGCAGGAGCAGAACAGCUGCCUGACACACUGGAGUAUGUCAAGUUCAGCUGCAUGAGCUGGACUCACGACCACAAGGGCAUGUUCUAUAAUAGGUUUCCAGAACCAGAGACCAAAGCUGAUGGAACUGAGACUACAGCAAAUCUUCAUCAAAAGCUGUAUUACCAUGUGAUCGGUACCGACCAAUCAGAGGAUGUGCUCUGUGGGGAGUUUCCAGACCACCCAAAAUGGAUGCCUGGCGCUGAAGUGUCGGAUGACGGCAGGUACGUUAUCCUGGCCAUCAGGGAGGGGUGUGACCCCGUGAACCGGCUGUACUACUGCGACCUUCAGACCAUGGACUACAAGGUCACAGGGAUACUGCCAUGGGUCAAGGUCGCAGACAACUUUGAUGCAGAGUAUGAGUACAUUGCAAAUGAAGGAACUGUGUUCACCUUCAAGACUAAUCUGAAUGCCCCUCGCUACAAACUCAUCAAUAUUGACUUCAGCAAACCGGAAAUGGAGCAUUGGACAGACCUUGUGCCAGAGAGUGAGACUGAUGUGAUGGAGUGGACUGCCUGUGUUAAUCAGGACAAGCUGGUUCUCUGUUAUCUUCAUGAUGUUAAGACAGAGUUGUAUCUCCAUGAGCUGAAGACAGGCCAGCGUGUCACCACCUUCCCCCUGGACAUAGGCAGUGUGGUGGGGUACUCAGGCAGGAGAAAGGACUCAGAGAUCUUCUACCAGUUCAUGUCCUUCCUCACUCCUGGUGUUAUCUACCACUGUGAUCUCACUAAGGACAAACUGGAACCUACGGUCUUCCGUCAGAUUAAGGUGAAAGACUUUGACCCGAGUGGCUUCCAGACUGACCAAGUGUUCUUCAACAGCAAGGAUGGGACUAAGGUCCCCAUGUUCAUCGUGCACAAGAAAGAUAUCCCACUGGAUGGCAGUCACCCAGUGCUGCUGUAUGGGUACGGUGGGUUCAACAUCUCCAUCACUCCUGCCUUCAGUGUGUCCAGGAUUGUCUUCAUGCUGCAUCUGGGCGGGAUUCUGGCUGUACCAAACAUCAGAGGAGGAGGUGAAUAUGGAGAGAUCUGGCACAAGGCUGGCACUAAGGAGAAGAAGCAGAAUGUUUUUGAUGACUUCCAGUGUGCAGCUGAGUACCUCAUCAAGAACAAGUACACCUCAGCUUCCAAGAUCACGAUCAAUGGAGGGUCCAAUGGAGGGUUACUGGUGGGAGCCUGUGUAAACCAGAGACCUGAUCUGUUUGGCUGUGCUGUGUCACAAGUGCCUGUGAUGGACAUGUUGAAGUUUCAUAAGUUCACCAUCGGCCAUGCCUGGACUACAGACUUCGGCUGUUCAGAUGACAAGGAGGGCUUUGACUACCUCAUUAAAUACUCCCCUCUACAUAACAUCAAGAAGCCGACAGACUCAGUGGUGCAGUACCCGGCUAUCUUGCUGUUGACAGGUGACCAUGAUGAUCGUGUGGUCCCUCUCCAUUCCCUCAAGUUCAUGGCUGAAAUACAGCACACUCUGGGUAGCGACCCACAGCAGACCAACCCACUGUUCAUCCGUGUGGACACCAAGUCUGGACACGGCUUCGGCAAACCAACAGCAAAAGUGAUUGAAGAAACUUCGGAUAUCUACGCUUUUAUCGCGGAAAACUUGAAGUUAGAAUGGCGGGAUAAGUGACUGAUAAUCCGCGGAUUGUGUAAUUCUAAGAAAUACUCGGCUAACCUUUGAAGGCUGUUGUAACAAACAGCCUCUGGUCUUACAAAUGUACUAAAAACCGUGUUAAUGAAUGCACAACUCUGCCAGAUAUUGGCUCUUCUUCCUAAUGGUUUGUAAACUCUUUCUACUUCUCUGAAAGGGCACUAGACAUGUGCCAAUGCAAGGUGGCAAUUUGCAAUGUAAUGUAAUGUAGACUUCUGAGGGCUACUGCCCUUCCACUAAAACAAAGGGCUGAAUUUUGCCACAGGAAAAACAUAGAUAUGUAAGAACCACUUGGCCUGUGUCUCAAACGUGUAUGAAGAUACUUUGCUGUUCAUCAGCCUAAACUCAACCAUAUGGACUACAGUAAUUCUGAUAGUUGUGCUGGAAGGAAUUCCAAAUGUUAUAUGAGAUUUUUUUCUUCUUCCUACAA